AUGCGGUCAAUUAUCGAUGAUGAGUUCGCAUUCAGGGUCGAGCAAGAAAUCCAGCGCUGCCUAGCCGCGUGGCAGAUACGGGGAGCAAGCAUUAUCAUAGUUCAACAUGAUAGCCACAAUAUCUUGACUUUCGGACAAAGAGACGAGCACUCUCCCGUCACUCCCUCAACCCGCUUUGCCCUCGCCUCAAACUCCAAGCUUAUCACCGCUCUGCUUCUUGUUCGGGCCCUCGCCUCCAACUCUCCCCCUCUGCCAGUCAACACCCCUAUCAAAGCCAUCCUUCCCUCUUUCCGUCUCGCCAACCCGCUUGCCGAAGCCGAAUGUACUGUCGAAGACAUUCUCUCCCACAGGACAGGCUUGCCGGGGUACGAUGAGAUGUUUGAACCAGGAUACGUCAUGGGAGAAUUGGUCGAGAGGCUUGCGACAUUGGAGCUGAGUGGCGGAUUCAGGGAGAGGCAUCAGUACAACUCGAUACUCUUCGAUUUAGCCGCGAUUCUCGUGGAGAAACUCACAGGUCAAGCCUUCGAUGUUUACGCCCAUGAGCAACUCUUCCAACCCCUUGGCUUAACCUCCGCCACAUUCUACCAUACUCCUGACCAGGGCGAGUUUGCGAAGUCAUUCUGGCAGAGAGUCGACCAAAACGGUGAAGGAGACGAAGGCCGUUGGAUCGAGUAUGGUAUUGAAAGGUGCCAAGGCGCUAUAGGUACUGGAAGACUGUGGAUGGACAGCAACGACAUGGCCAAAUGGACCCAAGCGCUCCCGAGUAUACCCGAAUACGCCGAAGCUGUCAUUCCCCGUACGAUCGCGGGUGCAGCUGGUGGCCUAGAGUUUCCAGACCAGACCGUCCUGUACGGAUUAGCGCACCGUGCGAGCACCCAUCGAGGUGUGCUAAUCCAUGAGCAUGGGGGAGAGAUACCUGGAUUCCUGUCCAAAGUCGCCAGACUUCCCGAGUACAACGCCGGCUUCGCCAUCCUCUGCAACUCCGAUCCCGGAGGCAAGUAUUUACGAGCACUUGUGAAGUGCCGCAUGAUCGAGUACUUUGCAAGCCUUCCUCGGAAAGACUGGUUUGCUGUGCUAGAUGCUAAGCGUCAAGGCGCAUUCCGAUCUUUCUCCGCCGUCUCUAUCCGAGCGCCUUUUACCUCCGAUGAACUUGCAGUAGAUGUGAGCUCCCUCGUGGACACUUGGUCGUCUCCCGGAUUUGCCACUUGGAUCAUCGACCAUCAUCAGGUAGUACCCUCUCUCCCGGCGGAGAUGGGGUCUUUGCCCUUUGUAGCGAGUCUAUAUGGCUCUGUGGAGUUGAUCUUCUCGCCGGCUCCUUCGUCCUUGCUUGAAGAUGGUAGCACCAAUGUAGGGAAGAAGGGAGAGAGGUGGAAUGGGUGCAAGGCGUGGACGAGCUACGACACCGGCGAGGUGUUCUUCGGCGAUCCGUUCCACAUUGAAGUUGUCGACAAUAGAAUGAAGGUUGUUGGCAUGACGGGUGUGGGGGAGGGCUUAAGUGAGGAGGACUGGCCGAUUUGGUUCUCGCGAAGUGUCUGA